GCGAAAUUCUGUGAAUCAACAUGACUGAAUCCGAUAAUGAAGUUGUUGCCCCGGCUGCUGCCUCGCCUGCCAAGACCCCAAAGAAGGCCAAGGCCACCAAGCGAGACGCCAAGCAUCCGGCGAAAACAGUUACACAUCCACCAGCGAGUGAGAUGGUCUUAGCCGCCGUCACGGCCCUGGAUCAACGCAAAGGAUCAUCCCUACAGGCCAUUAAGAAGUACAUCACUACUAACUACCAGUGCGACCUUGCCAAGUUGAACAUCUUCCUCAGAAAGGCUCUGAUCAACGGCGUCGAGAGGGGUAUUCUAUUCCAGACCAAGGGAUCCGGUGCCAAAGGAUCGUUCAGACUCCAGGAACAAAAGCCACGAAAGAAAAAGAUUACCAAGAAACAAGCUGCCGAGAAGAAGGCCAAAAAGCUUGCAGCCAAAGCUGCCGCCGGUGCAGAGGCCACCACUCCCUCGAAGACCGCAGUUAAGAAGCUAAAGAAGCCAGUCAAGAAGCCAAAGACGCCAGUUAAGAAGUUGAAAACCCCGAUUAAGAAGACCCCAGUCAAGAAGCUGAAGACCCCGGUGAAGAAGACUCCAGUUAAGAAGAUUAAGACCCCGGUCAAGAAGACUCCAGUUAAGAAGCUUAAGACCCCGGUCAAGAAACUGAAGACCCCAGUCAAGAAACUAAAAACCCCGACCAAGACAGCUUCACCGAAGAAGGCCGCCGGCAAGAAGUAAACUUGCAAACGACGUGCCAUGCACGUAACA